CCGGCUGGUGAUGACAGUAGAGCAAUCAUAGACUGUAAAAGGUAGAGACACAUCGCAUCGCUGCUCUCUUGUAACAAAGUGAUUUGACUCCAUAUAUCUGUGGGGUUUAAGUAAGAGAUCAUGAGCAGCACACAAUCUUACACACGCUUCAGUGAUGAAAACUACAAAAACUGGUUGAAAACAACGGAGAGUCUUUACAUACUGAGGACCUACAUUCAGGACUUCAUUGAAAAGGAAACCGAAACUUAUCACAGCUCUCUUCGAAACAAAACUUAUCUCAAAGGACAGACCUGUAAGCGAACCUGCUGCGAUAUUAAGUCUGCUUGCGAAUUGUGUGAAUGCUGGAGGAAAGAAAUCGAGGCCAAUCAUAAUGGGAAGCGUAACAGUAUACACUGGGACAACUGCCGGCCACAUCUGUGGUCUAAAGAAAAGUGGGAAGUUGCCAAGGCACAUAUGCCUCGUGGACACAGAAAACAUGGCAAGUUUGCCGAGUUUGAUGUCGCUGCCAUCCUGAACUUAAUGAGUUCCUGUAAACAUUUCAACAUCCCAGGAAAGUAUGUGACAAAUGUAAUAAAUGUACGGAACAGUGCGAUGCACUCGCCUGACUUGAAAAUGAGUAAGGAGGACAUGACUAGGCAUCAUAAUACGGUCCUGCAGUUGGCCAAGUUGCUCGAACCUCAAAUCCCUAAACUGAAAGACUUGGAAAAGAAGAUAACACAGUUUAAUAACAUCCUGGACAAGAAUUUCAAUGAAGCCCCAUGUGAAGUAGACGGCCAACAGGUAGAUUUUCAGACCAUGGAAGUCCUGAACCGUGAACAGCAAGCAUUGAAAGACAGGAUUGAAGACUUUAUCGCGCGUUUUGAGGGAAACCAAGACGGAAACGAUGAAGAAAAACCAGAGGACAUGGAGGGUCUCCUGGACUUCCUGGAACAAAACAAAGAUCUCCUGGAGAACCUGGGCCCUGAAGUCGAAAAACUUAAAGAGACGCAGGCAAAAGUAGAUCAACAUGAGGAGAAAAUCACCAACCUGGAAGACAGAGUGGACACCUUGGAGAAGGUGACACUUGAUCCAGUGUUUCCUGGCAACCCACUUAGAUACAAGAAUCAUCUUUAUGAAUAUUGCCGUGCAAAGAAAUGGCCAGAGGACAAAUUUCCUGUUUUUACAGAGAUUCUGGAAGCACAGGGUUACAGGGCUGAAGUGAAGGUGAAUGGGCAAAGUUUCUUUGGCCAGAGGGUGUUUAAUGACAAAAAGGCCGCCCAUCAGGAGGUGGCAUACAUUGCCCUCGAGCAGCUGAAAUUACAGGAUGAAAGCACAGAUGAACUAUCAAGCUCAGUCACACAGCCUGAGGUCUCCUGUUCAUCUUCCUCAGGAAUCACUUUCUUUGGUAAAGUGACAGUGGAUCUUGAUCAAGAAGUUGUCUCUAGUAAAUGCUCUUCAAAAGAAGAAGCAACUGAAGCCGCUUAUAAAGUUUUAUGGGAAAGAUUUCGCAUCAGUGCUCCAGCAGAAGGUCGGACAUACAGGUCAUUGAUCAUGGAAUAUUUCAACAGACGGCGUUUCCAAAAACCGACAGAACUCUUUGAUCAAAAUGAUGACGACACAACCAUUUGCAAGCUCAAACUUGUCGGCCCUUUUACUUUUUAUGACAAAGAUGGCUCCACCAAGAAGAAACUGGCGGAGCAACAGGCAGCUAAAGUUGCUCUGCAGCAUUUGUCAGGGAUCCUCAACUGUGUUAUAUCAGAUACUGAGGAGAACUUUAAAGGUGUUCUGAAUGUGCGUCUACAGACCCUGGGUCUCAAAACUGCUGUCUAUGACACUCAAGAGUAUAAAGCAGAGAUUAGUGAUGACCAUAUGACCAGUGGCAUCACCUGGGACCUGGCUACUUCUGCAGUAUCUAUCAGUCAGGAAGCAGAGAAAGAGCAUUCAGAACUGAAGUCUGAAAGCAUCUCUACAUCAGCACAGCCAACAUCAGGCCAAGAGUCAGUCCGUGAUCCUGUUCUUGUGCUGCCGGACCCUCAAGAGUCCAGUUCUCCAGCCAUACAGAAGAAAAAGCCCAGGAUUGAUUGUCCAGGAAUGACUUUCUUUGGUAAAGUCACCGUGGAUCUCAAUCAAGAAGUUGCAUCUGAUAAAUGCUCUUCAAAGGAAGAAGCAACUGAAGCCGCUUAUAAGGUUUUAUGGGAAAGAUUUCACAUCAGUGCUCCAGCAGAAGUUUGUGUUACAACAGGUCAGAUGUACAGGUCACUGAUCAUAGAUCAUUUCAACACCCAUGAUUUACAAAAGCCUACAGAAGAGUUUGUUGACGACGACAACACAACCAUCUGCAAACUCAAAUUCAAUGGACCUUUCACUUUUUAUGACAAAGAUGGCUCCACCAAGAAGAGACUGGCGGAGCAACAGGCAGCUAAAGUUGCUCUGCAGCAUUUGUCAGGGAUCCUCAACUGUGUUAUAUCAGAUACUGAGGAGAACUUUAAAGGUUUUCUGAAGGAGCGUCUAGAGAUGCUGAGACUCAAAGCUGCUGUCUAUGACACUCAAGAGUAUAAAGAAGAGAUCAGGGAAGAGAAGGUGACCAGUGGUAUUAGCCCACACCUUUCAAACUUAUCUAUCAGUCAGGCAGCAGAGAAAGAGCAUUCAGAACUGAAGUCUGAAAGCAUCUCUACAUCAGCACAGCCAACAUCAGGCCAAGAGUCAGUCCGUGAUCCUGCUCCUGUGCUGCCAGACCCUCAAGAAUCCAGUUCUCCAGAGAGGAAAAAGCCCAGGAUUGAUUUUCCAGAAAUCGAAGUGCUUUUUAAUGUAUAUAAUCUCAAGCCCCCACAUUUGAAGAUGGAGAACAUAAAGUGUAAUAAGAAUUUCAAAUGUACUGUGGAAAUCAACCUGGAAAAAUAUACCUGUAACAACAAACAAGGCUACGACUCCAAGAAAGAAGCCAUUCGAAAAACCUACCUGUUGUUUGGCCGUGCAGUAUCAAUUUUGGAUUCUGGUACAGAUGAAAAGACGCCCAAUGCAAAGGUGAAGCAGGUUUUUUCUCAGAAUUCUCUUCUUCUUCCACAAGAAGAUGUUGAAGGCUCUGCAAAGCCGUUUUACUGCUCACUAAAGAACAUAAGUUACAAAGUUAUCUAUACAGGACAAGGGUCCACAGAGGAUGAAGCCAAGUCAGAUGCUCUCCAGAAUGCCUUACGUUCACUGUCACCUCUCUUUGAUUAUGCUUCAAUAACUGGAGCUGAUAGUGCUGAAGAUGUACAGAAUCAGCUGAGCUCCAUGCUGAAGGGGGCCGGUCAGAAAGACCCCGUCAUUUCCCUGAAGCCUUUGGAACAGGCCUGUAUCCAGCUGUCGUUCUGUGACUAUACAGUGAAGUGCACAUGCCAGAACUCCAAGAAAGCAGCUCGGAAUCAUCUCAGUGCACGUAUACUGGGCCUGCUGGGGGUAGAGACAGGAGCAAACGACGCAUCUUUGAGAAGCCGCCUAAAUGAGUGGUUCGCACAGCAGCAUCUGCCGCAGCCAGUGUUCGAGGACACAGAAGAAGUGCUUGGAGCGAAGGCUACUUUCUCUGUCCAGUUAACCUGCUGCAGUCCAGACUGGGAAGACAGCUGGGAAACAGCAAAGGUGAAGCUGCUUCAAGUGCUCAAGGAAAGAUUUAUUUUUCUGAAUGACAAAAACAAUUAAUCUAUUUUAGCUGGUGAAAAACUACCACAAAUACACUAAUUUUAUCAAUUGUAAAAAAAAAAAAAAAAAUUGUUCAGUACAAAUAUACAUUUACAUUCUUAUAUUUACAUUUCUCUGGGAUUUAAACCAAUGGACAUGGCAUUGAAUGAAAUGCUAUUUUAAAAAUAUGUAUACCAAGUGUCUACCAAUAUAAACACUAAACACUAAAAUAUCAAGAGAAAAUGUAUAAUGGCAUUGAGUGCAAAAGCCAAAGUUUCAUUAAUUUUCCAAAUUUCAAUGAUAUUGCACUUCCUGAAUGUAUUUCAAAUUGAAGUGCGAUUCAGAUUCAUGGGUACAUGUCUUUGCUAGAAAACUAAUUGUAAUCUACUAAUCUACUUUGGUUGGUCGAGUGGAUUUAUUCAUGUCACACUUGCCUGCAGAGCCAUGAUAUGGACCAUCAACAUUUACUUGAGUUGAACACUGCAGUAUUCAUGCAGCAUCUUCACAGGCUUACAAAAGAAACGAUUAGAAUUUUCAUCGUAAGCUUUUGUACAUUUAUUAACAUUAAUAAUUGUGCAUUUUAAAACCAGUUUACAAUGAACUACAAGAACUGCUUACAAAAGUUAUAAUUUGUGAUCAAAUACAGCGAGGAUAGAAGAUGUGUUAUGUGAUGCAUUUAUAAUUUAUUACACUGUUCUCUGGCAAACUUGUCUGAAAUUGGUACAACACUGUAUUACUGUAUAUUCAUCCAGGAACUGAAUGUUACUGUAUGUGUUUGUGUUGUGUAUCUCUACGGUCUCAAGUAAAAUAAUAAAAUAAUUUAACAAAUCAGUA